GAGGCUUUGGCAGACAGAGGGAAACCUACGGAAGAGGAUGAACAAACUGCAGAGACUGCUUCAGAACAAGAUCCUGAUUCUGACAAUAUGUGCUGCUGGGAUUGGAGGCACUUUCCAGUAUGGUUACAACAUCUCCAUCAUCAAUGCUCCAGCCUCAUACAUCCAGAUGUUCAUGAACACAACCUGGCUGGAGCGCACGGGUGUUCCCCUGGAGAGCAAYGUGAUCCUGCUGCUGUGGUCCUUCACUGUCUCUGCCUACCCUCUGGGGGGMCUCACUGGGGCUGUGGUUGCUGGUCCCAUGGCCAUCAUGUUGGGAAGGAAGACGUCGCUGCUGCUGAACAACAUCUUUGUGAUCAUAGCUGCAACCUUGUCAGGAUUCAGCCGAAUGGCCAAAUCCUUUGAAAUGAUUAUGCUCAGCAGAUUUUUUACUGGCAUGAAUGCAGGUGUGAGCAUGAACAUUCAGCCCAUGUAUCUGGCAGAGAGUGCCCCCAAGAAGCUCAGAGGAGCUGUGGCCCUGACCUCUGCAUCMUUUACAGCCUUGGGACUGGUGCUGGGCCAGGUUGUUGGACUYAGGGAGCUCCUAGGAGGGGAGGAGAACUGGCCAUUCCUUUUAGCAAGCAAUGUGGUUCCUGCCCUGAUCCAGCUCACAGCUCUGCCUUGGUUCCCUGAAAGUCCCAGAUAUCUCUUGAUUGACCGUGGAGACAAAGAAUCCUGCACCUCUGCACUGCAGAAGCUCAGGGGCACCAGUGACCUGAGUGCAGAGCUGGAAGAGAUGCUGGCAGAACAGGCUGCUGUUAAAGGCCAGAGAGCRAAGAACCCGUGGGAGCUUUUCCAAAAUCCAGCUCUGAGGUGGCAGCUGGUGAGCAUCGUUGUGCUGAGCAGUGCCAUGCAGCUCUGUGGCAAUGACUCGAUGUAUUUUUAUGCAGCUUAUGUGUUCCAAGAGGCUGGAAUUCCUCAGGACAAAAUCCCCUAUGUUGUAAUCGGCACGGGAAGCUGUGAACUGAUCACAUCUGUCACUUGUAACAUGAUUAUAGACUACGCUGGUCGGAGGCCACUGCUSCUGGGGGGAUAUAUCUUCAUGGCAGGAUGGGCCAUUGUCUUCAUGGUCGCUCUGAGCCAGCAGACUCAGAUUAGCUGGAUGCCUUAUCUCAGCAUGGCCUGCAUUUUCGCCUAUAUCCUGAGCUUUGGAAUCGGACCAGCUGGUGUAACAGGAGUUCUGCCCACAGAGGUUUUUGAUCAAAUGUCCCGACCAGCUGCUUACAUGAUCUGUGGCUCCCUGCUCUGGUUCAACCUGUUUCUGGUUGGAACAGCCUUUCCAUUCAUUGUGAAAAGUCUAGCACAUUUCUGCUACAUCCCAUUCCUUGUGGUCUGUGUCUGCACUGCCCUCUACGUUUGGUUUUUCCUUCCUGAGACAAAGGGAAAGUCCUUCCUGGAAAUCUCGGAGGAGUUCAGGAAACGGAACUUCAGAACCAAGACCCGUGCAGGUUUUUAUAAAGGCCCUGAGGAGAUCAAAACCACCACAUUGUAGCAGAAGAAAGGAAGAUGGUAUUUGGGGGAAUUCUGCAGUGAAUUCAGCAGAGGCUAUGUGCCCUUGUAGGGACACAAAGAGAUAAGUAUGGUUAGGGGCAAUAUAUUACUCUUAGAUUCUUGAGUUCACCAUGAAAACAUACACUUGAACUGAUAAAUCCAAACARAAGUUUAAUAAUCUGUUCUCAGUUUUUAGUAUUGUGUAACAUAUUCAUAUUUUAGUAUCCAUUUCAAAGAGUAUCAGUGCUGCCUUAUUCUCUUAUCAUCAUACAACACCAUGUAAUACUUUAGAAAAUUUCUUCAGAAUUUCUCCAAACAGUAACUUCCAUCUCAGAAGUCCUUUUUUCCUUGCCUCUGAAUCUGGGCUUUCUAACACAGAAAUUAAUGCGAUUAAAUUCUGUUUUCAGACACCAGAUGAAAUUUUCAGUACCUUGUCUUGGUGCUCCCAUGGUUUUUGUUAUUAAGUGAUUUCAAAUAGACCCCUACUUGUUGAGCAAUAGUGAGCAGUUAAUUAUUUUCAGCUAUAAAAACAUGUGACAGAUGGAUUAAAAAGAAAGCUUCUGGUACUUGCUAAGUGGCUUAUUAUACAACAGAUUUUGGGCAUUGUUUUGCAGACUAUUUAUCCUGGACUGGUUUUCUUCAUGGUUUGUUUGUAGUCUUCCAGUCCUAUGUUGCAAAGCACAUGUGAUUCCCCAGUCCAGUUUGUACUGCUCUGCUGCAUGUUGUAGGGUUUUGCACCUAUGCUCUGCUAAGGUUGUGUGCAGUGAGGAGCUUGUAUGGAA